GGUGGGUAUAAAACUCCAUCGCUGGAGGCAAUGUUUUUAUUCUCAUUCAUGCUGUCCAGGAUUUUCAUUGCUGCUUUAUGAGGAAAAUGAGGAAGUACGGGUUGAACAACAUCUCGGAUUUAGUAUUUAAAAACCCUGCAGUGCCUGACGAGGAGAAGAAUGCAGACCCCAAUGUUGGGAGUGGAGAUGAGAAUGCAGACCGGGGAAACUGGAGCAGUAAGAAAGAGUACCUGCUCUCUAUGAUUGGAUAUGCAGUUGGGCUGGGAAAUGUGUGGAGGUUUCCCUAUCUGACGUACAAACACGGAGGAGGGGCCUUCCUGAUCCCCUAUGUGAUCAUGCUGUCUGUUGCGGGGCUGCCCCUCUUUUUCAUGGAAAGCUCUUUCGGACAGUUCUGCAGCCAAGGACCCAUUAACGUCUGGAAAGCCGUGCCAAUCUUCCAGGGUGUUGGCAUUACCAUGAUGCUUGUCAGCACUUUUGUGUCAAUCUACUACAAUGUCAUCAUCGCAUAUAGUAUCUACUACUUGUUUGCAUCAUUUCAGUACCCACUACCAUGGAGCGAUUGCUCAAGCAGGUCUGACACGAACUGCAACAUCACUGCUAGAGAACAUUGCAAUAUGACUGCUUACAAUGGGAGUCUAAUGGCUGUGAACACGAGCAUGAUGACUGAUGGGAAUCGGAGCUGUCUAGAAGAGUUCUCAGUUAGUGUGCUAUUACAGAGUCCCAGUGAGCGCUACUGGGAUGUGGUGGCCCUGCAGCGCACCAGUAGUAUGGAUGAGACGGGGCCGGUAGUGUGGCAUCUGGCCCUCUGCCUGCUGCUAGGCUGGAUCCUGAUUGCAGCAGCUCUCUUCAAAGGCAUCAAGUCCUCAGGGAAAGUGGUGUAUUUCACAGCCACGUUUCCGUAUGCUGUCCUGCUGAUCCUGCUGAUACGUGGCGUCACUCUGGAAGGUGCAAGAAACGGCAUUGAGUAUUACAUCGGCUCCCAGUCUAACCUCACCAAACUGGCUGAAGCUGAGGUCUGGAAGGAUGCAGCCACUCAAAUAUUUUUCUCCCUGUCUAUUGCAUGGGGUGGUUUAACAGCACUAGCUUCCUACAACAAAUUUCAUAAUAACUGCUACAAAGACUCCAUCAUUGUGUGCAUCACAAACUGCAGCACCAGCAUCUUUGCUGGCUUUGCCAUAUUCUCCAUCCUCGGACACAUGGCGCAUGUCUAUGGCAAGCCAGUUUCGGAGGUGGCACAGGCUGGCUUUGGACUUGCUUUCAUUGCUUAUCCUGAUGCCCUCUCCAAACUUCCCAUAUCCCCUCUGUGGUCCAUCCUGUUCUUCUUCAUGCUCAUAACUCUCGGUUUGGACUCCCAGUUUGCAGGAAUAGAGGUCAUCACAACAUGUCUCCAGGAUGCCUAUCCUAAAUUCUUGAAAGCCAAACGAGGCCUCAUUACUGUUCUCAUCUGCAUAGUUCUCUUCCUGCUUGGCUUGCCCUGUGUCACUGGGGCUGGUAUAUACUGGGUGAAUCUGAUAGAUACCUUCUGUGCCGGAUGGAUUCUUCUGGUUGCUGGACUGUUGGAAGUCUUUGGGCUCUCCUGCAUAUAUGGUGGGAACCGGUUCAUCAAAGACAUUGAGAUGAUGAUAGGAACCAAGCACGCCCUCUUUUGGAUCUGGUGGAGAGCUUGCUGGUUUUUCAUCACUCCUGUCGUUCUCCUUGUCAUUCUUGGCUGGUCACUGUACACAUUCACAGCGCCCACAUAUGGCUCGGUUGAGUAUCCACAGUGGGGUAUUGCUCUGGGCUGGUGCAUGACUGUCUUCUGCCUGGUGUGGAUCCCAAUUGUGGCAGUCUGGAAGCUUGUGAAGGCCAGCGGAAACCCCUGGCAGCGUCUCAAGUCAGCGUGCUCCCCCACCGAGGACUGGGGUCCUUACCUGGAAUGCCACAGAAACGAACGCUAUGGCCGGGCAGGGAUGAACGACACAAAUGUCUAUGUGAUCUCAAACAAAAAUAGCACCCGCCUGUAAGAUACCAUUGUUUGUAAAUGUUUGUAUUUUGUACAUUUUUUUAUUCAGCUUGUUUAAAGCUGUAAAGUUUACAACACUUUUUGGACUGUACAGUAUCACCUAUUAUGCCUCCAAUAUACAAUUCCAGUCAAAAGUUUGAGUACAUUGGCUAGAAACUAGUUUUACUUGAGUCAUAUUUGGCUUUAGUUUUAAGUUUUAAACAUAAGGACUUGUUCUGAUACCUUUCUGGAGGAAAUUACAAUCUGUCUUCACAGAUUCAGUCUGAAAUAACUGGAAAGUGAAAAAAUCACAAGGUUUUUAUAUGAAAAGUAACAUCUAGCAUGCAACUCACUUAUAGAAAUUAACUAAUUAUAGAAUUAUGAUCUAUUAAUAUAAAAACACCCCAUGUCUGGUGUCACAACAGGCAAUCACUGAGUACGUUAUUAGAAACACCUGUACACCUGCAGUCAUGCAAUUAGUCUUGCAAGGCCAAACAUGAGAAAUUUUGGUGGAAACAGCCUUUCUAUAAUUUCUAAACCAGUCCAACAUGCAACUGCAACUGAUGUAUCCUUCCAGGCCUUUGUUACCCACAGUUCUCUGCACACGAAUAACGCGAAGGAACAGAAACAGCACCAUGAAAAUGUCGGAAAAUAGAGCUGUUGGAGCAGAACUUGUUUUAAAAUGCAAGUUGUUUGCGCCCUUGAAUUCGUCUUUGUUACCUUAAACUGUAAAAUGAUUGAUUAAAGCAUUCAUCCAUAUAUUGUAUUUUAAUCAGAGGUACUUGUAUACAUGUAGUUUAUCAUAUUACAUAAGCUUGUUGGCGUAUUAGCUACCAUAGCAACAAACACAAUGCAACGGACUCCAUUUUCUCUUACCAGUUCCCUCACAAGUUUCACGACGCAAUUCCAAGAAGUGGGACCUUUGUGGUGACGUCACCACGCAUCCUCAUUAAGACUGUUCCAUUUGUGUGACCAAUAGGCUACUAAGGAGUAGUUUUCAUAGGACCGUCCUACCGAGGACCCGCCCUACCUCGGCUGCAGCCUAGGCUUUGGAACGCAGCUAAUGUAGUAAGCUGUUGUGUAGUCCUAAGAAAUAUGGGCAUACUGUAAAUCUGCACCAGCCCAACACACACAGUCACCUCUAUGUACAGCAAGAUCUAUGUUUUCUGUUUUUCAGUCAUGUAGUUUACUGUCCAACACUGGAGUACUGCUCUGUACUUUUCUUGCACUGUUGUAGGCUUGUGACGCCAUGAGCUUACUUAAGCUACUUUACUGUUCUUCCCUCUUUCAAAAUGGGAUUAUCUACUAAGCCUGACAUCAGUAGUCCUCGUGUUUAACAUUUAAAACUUUAAGUUUGAAGCCACUGUCUGCUUUUUACAAUAGUAGUUGUUAAACUGCACUCCUCUCAGCCAAGCGCAGGAAUCUGAGGCUUCAGUGGGCACAGGCUCCCCCUAUUUGGACAACUAAAGAUCUAAUGAAUUGGGAUUUCUGCAGAUGGUAGGAUGAGAUUUGCUGCAAUUAAAUGAUGUCAACAUAGUCCAGAAUCCUGAAGGACUGUUUCCAGCACCUCAUUGAAUCCAUGCUGUUCUGAAAGCCCAGUACAAGAAUGGUGCUCCUUAUGAAGUGGCUGAUGGCCCCAUCUGUGGUGCUGUACUAUUGUAGUUAGGUCUCAGCAGUCAAGUAUUUUCAUUUUAUUCAAUUAUGUAUAUAAUGUCAAGCUUCUGUUUAAAAUUCUUGUUGUAUUUUUUAUUGUCUGAAAUGAAUGAUUUUUUGAAUGCUGUUAAAAUCAGUGUUUUUGGGUCUCCAGUGUUUCUUUUAGUGUCAUUUUUGUUUGAAUCGUAAGCACAAAAGCAAUUGUUUGGUA